CAGGUGGGGCCGGGCUCCCCCAGCCGUCCACCAUGGUGGUGGUACACUCUGCCACCACCGCCACCACCACGCCCGCUGCCACCGUCACGGCUACUGUUGUGAUGACCACGGCCACCAUGGACCUCCGGGACUGGUUGUUCCUGUGGUAUGGACUCAUCGCCUUCCUGACCGAGGUCAUCGACAGUACCACCUGUCCCUCUGUGUGCCGCUGUGACAACGGCUUCAUCUACUGCAACGACCGGGGGCUCACCUCCAUCCCCGCGGAUAUACCGGACGACGCCACCACUCUCUACCUGCAGAACAACCAGAUCAACAAUGCCGGCAUCCCCCAGGACCUCAAGACCAAGGUCCACGUGCAGGUCAUCUACCUAUAUGAGAAUGACCUAGAUGAGUUCCCCGUCAACCUGCCGCGCUCCCUGAGGGAGCUUCACCUACAAGACAACAAUGUGCGCGUCAUCGCCAGGGACUCACUGGCCCGCAUCCCGCUGCUGGAGAAACUGCACCUGGAUGACAACUCGGUGUCCACGGUCAGCAUCGAGGAGGACGCCUUCGCCGACAGCAAGCAGCUCAAGCUGCUCUUCCUGAGUCGGAACCACCUGAGCAGCAUCCCCUCGGGGCUGCCACACACGCUGGAGGAGCUACGACUCGAUGACAACCGCAUCUCCACCAUCCCGCUGCAUGCCUUCAAGGGCCUCCACAGCCUGCGGCGUCUUGUGCUGGACGGCAAUCUGCUGGCCAACCAGCGCAUCGCCGACGACACCUUCAGCCGCCUGCAAAACCUCACUGAGCUCUCGCUGGUACGCAACUCGCUGGCAGCGCCACCGCUCAACCUGCCCAGCGCCCACCUGCAAAAGCUGUACCUGCAGGACAACGCCAUCAGCCACAUCCCCUACAACACGCUGGCCAGGAUGCGGGAGCUGGAGCGGCUGGACCUGUCCAACAACAACCUCACCUCGCUGCCCCGCGGCCUGUUCGAUGACCUGGAGAACUUGGCUCAGCUGCUGCUACGUAACAACCCGUGGUUCUGCGGCUGUAACCUCAUGUGGCUGCGGGACUGGGUGAAGGCGCGGGCGGCCGUGGUCAACGUGCGGGGCCUCAUGUGCCAGGGUCCCGAGAAGGUCCGAGGCAUGGCUAUCAAGGACAUCAGCAGCGAGAUGGAUGAGUGCUUCGAGACUGGGGUGCAGGGUGGCGCAGCCAACGCUGCCCCCAAAACCACUGCCAGCAACCAUGCCUCAGCCACCACGCCCCAGGGCUCGCUGUUCACCCUCAAGGCCAAGAGGCCGGGCCUGCGCCUCCCCGACUCCAACAUUGACUACCCCAUGGCCACCGGUGACGGAGCUAAGGCCCUGGUCAUCCAAGUGAAGCCCCUGACUGCGGACUCCAUCCGAAUCACGUGGAAGGCCAUGCUCCCUGCCUCCUCCUUCCGGCUCAGCUGGCUGCGCCUGGGCCAUAGCCCGGCCGUGGGCUCCAUCACAGAGACCCUGGUGCAGGGCGACAAAACGGAGUACCUGCUGACGGCCCUGGAGCCCAAGUCCACCUACAUCAUCUGCAUGGUCACCAUGGAGACCGGCAACACCUACAUGGCCGACGAGACGCCCGUGUGUGCCAAGGCAGAGACGGCUGACAGCUACGGUCCCACCACCACGCUCAACCAGGAGCAGAACGCCGACCCUAUGGCGGGCCUGCCCCUGGCGGGCAUCAUCGGUGGCGCUGUGGCUCUUGUCUUCCUAUUCCUCGUCCUGGGGGCCAUCUGCUGGUAUGUGCAUCGGACUGGUGAGCUGCUGAGUCAGGAGAGGGCCUACAACCGGGGCAGCCGGAAAAAGGACGACUAUAUGGAAUCAGGGACCAAGAAGGAUAACUCCAUCCUAGAGAUCCGAGGCCCCGGGCUCCAGAUGCUGCCCAUCAACCCAUACCAUGCCAAAGAAGAAUAUGUGGUCCACACCAUCUUCCCCUCCAAUGGCAGCAGCCUUUGCACGGGUACACACACCAUUGGCUACGGCACCACGCGGGGCUACCGGGACGGAGGCAUCCCUGACAUAGACUAUUCCUACACUUGAUGCCCGUAGGCCCAGUCUACCCCGGCCCCGGCUCCUGGUGCCUCCCCCGGCUUGGCAGCGUGGCUUUGCUCAGCCUGCUGCAAUCCCAGAGAACAAGGCAAAGAAAUUCCCCUGGAGACUUUCCAGCAGAAAGUCAAGUUUAAGGAGGGUUGACGAUUUUGUAGAAAACAACAACUGGGGAACAUUAAAAAAAAAAAAAAGAUAGAAGACUGGAGGGGAAUUCGACAUUGUUGAAGACAUAAUUUAUACAGAAUGAUGCCAGUUGGGGAGGGAAGGACUAAAAAUACAAUGGCAGGAAGGGUUGGGCUGGGUGGUUUUUGUUUUUUUUCUGGACUGGAAGCUACUACCUGUAACAACGUCUGUGUUCGGAGCCGUCACAAAAGACCCGUCAGAGAAAGGCAGCCGACACACGAGGCCCCCACACAACUCUCCUGUGCUGGCGUCUGCUCCUGAUGGAAGAUUUUCAGCUUCCUCACAAAAGGAGAGGGGGAAGAAAACAUCUUUUGCUAUGGAGAUAUUGUCCUGAAACCGCUUUUCCGGAUCCUUCCAUUACCAUUUCCCUUACAGAUCUGCAGAAAUUGCGUAUCUUUCACUGCAUUCUCUGAACAACUCUGUAGUC